UCCAUAUCAUGUGAUUCAAGUGUUCCAAUCCCUUCCAUAUCAUGUGAUUCAAGUGUUCCAAUCCCCUCCAUAUCAUGUGAUUCAGGUGUUCCAAUCCCCUCCAUAUCAUGUGAUUCAGGUGUUCCAAUCCCCUCCAUGGACACAGGUGUAUACAAUCAUCCCCUAGGCAUGCAGACUGCUUCUACAAACAUUGGUGAAAGAAUGGGUCGCUCUCAGGAGCUCAGUGACUCCAAGCGUGGUCCCGUGAUAGGUGGCCACCUGGGCAAUAAGUCCAUCCGUGACAUUUCCUGGCUACUAAAUAUUCCACGCUCAACUGUUAGUGGGAUUAUGACAAAGUGGAAGCCAUUGGAACAACAGCCACUCAGCCACCAAGUGGUAGGCCACGUCACAUGACAGGGUCAGCGCAUGCUGAAGUGCACAGUGCGCAGAAGUCACCAACUGUCUGCAGAGUCAAUAGCUAAAGACCUCCAAACUUGGUGUGGCCUUCAGAUGAGCCCAACAACAGUGCAUAGAGAGCUUCAUGGAAUGGGUUUCCAUGGCCGAGCAGCUGCAUCCAAG